AUGGUGUCAGCACAGGAGAUUGGCGUUUUGUCUCUGUUCCACAGUGUCAUAACAGUGACUGCACUGAUUGACUCGGACGACGUGAUCACCAGAGACGAGCAGAUCUACGUCCUGAUCGGCGCCCACGCCAGGUGCGAGAGGAGCAUCCAGGCACAAAUGGCGCUCAUGAAAGAAGGCGACUGUGUCCCGGAGUGGGACGGGAUCAUCUGCUGGCCGCGGAGCAGGGCGGGUCAGCUGGUGUCCGUCCUGUGUCCAGAGUACAUUUAUGACUUCAACCACAGAGGCAGAGCCUAUCGCCAGUGUGACUUGUCAGGAAACUGGGAGCUCGUGUCCAGCAUCAACCGCACCUGGGCAAACUACACUGAAUGCACCAGAUACCUCACAUCCAACCACAGAAGUCAUGAAGAGAAGGUGUUUGAGCGGCUACACCUCAUGUACACCGUCGGUUACUCCAUCUCUCUGGCGUCCCUCCUGGUGGCCGUCUCCAUCCUCUGCUACUUCAAACGUCUCCACUGCACACGGAACUACAUCCACAUCAACCUCUUCUCCUCCUUCAUAUGCCGAGCGGUCAGCAUCUUCGUCAAGGACGCCGUCCUCUACUCCGUAUCCGCCGGAACCAAAGCUGAGCCGGAGCUCACAGCGGAGAAGCCGCACAUGGCCGGGUGUAAAGUCGCCGUCACCCUCUUCCUCUACUUCCUGGCAACCAAUCACUACUGGAUCCUGGUGGAGGGCCUGUACCUGCACAGUCUCAUCUUCAUGGCCUUCCUGUCAGACAAGAACUACCUGUGGGCCCUCACCGUCAUGGGCUGGGGUGUUCCAGCUGUGUUCGUGUCCAUUUGGGUCAGCGCCCGGGCCUCGCUGGCCGACACGCAAUGUUGGGACAUCAGUGCAGGAAACCUCAAGUGGAUUUAUCAAGUUCCCAUCCUGGCCGCCAUUGUUGUGAACUUCCUCCUCUUCAUCAACAUUAUUCGCGUUCUGGCCUCUAAACUGUGGGAGACGAACACCGGUAAACUAGACCCCAGGCAGCAGUACAGGAAGCUGCUGAAGUCCACGCUGGUCCUCAUGCCCCUGUUCGGCGUGCACUACAUGGUGUUCAUGGCUCUGCCCUACACCGAGGUCACCGGGCUGCUGUGGCAGGUGCAGAUGCAUUACGAGAUGUUUUUCAACUCUUCGCAGGGGUUCUUCGUAGCGUUUAUCUACUGUUUCUGCAAUGGGGAGGUUCAGGCGGAGGUGAAGAAGGCCUGGCUACGAAGGACCCUGGUGCUGGACCUCAAACAGAAGGCCAGGAUCACCAGCAGCGGCGGCGGCGGCAGCUGCUACUACGGCGGCAUGAUGUCUCACACCACCGUGCACAGCGUCAGCUUGUCCGCAGCCAAUCCCAGAGCGCACGCCUUCACCGCCGCCGCCGCCGCCGUCAGGCACACGUCCUCGCCUUCCGGCCACGCUCAGACCGGCCCGUGCGGCUACCCUCCCGGCGACACCGAGCUUUCCGAACCCCAGCAGGAGCCGUCUGGCGUGGCCGAGUCCGGAGAGUUCGCCGGAUACUCCAGAAACCAAAAUCCACACAGCUCCUCACCUCUGAGGGAGCUGGAGACCACCUUGUGA